AUGCGGAUGCUAGUCCACUCGAACAUCUUCCACAAGGAGGGAGAGGCCUAUUCCCUCACCACGGCUUCUCGUCUUUUCCUAAGAGAUAAUCCUCAUAGCCUUGCGCCUUUCGCGGGUGUCUUCACUGACCCUAUCAUGAUGCACCCCUUCCAUCACUUGAGUGAGUGGUUUCGAGACGAAUGCCUAUCCCCAUUCGUCACAACACAUGGGAUGAAUUAUUGGGAGUUUGUGGGGAGUGAUGAGAAAUGGAACCAGUUGUUCAAUGAGGCCAUGACUAGGGCGGUUGUGAAGAUUGUCGCGGAAGCUAUUCCGGGAUUGGAGUGCGUUGUCCUGGAGCUUCCACAUGUUGUUGCUGCCAAGGAAGGCUUGUCUGAUCAUGAGAAUGUCAGAUUUGUAAGUGGUGACAUGUUUAAGUUUAUUCCUCCUGCUGAUGCUUGUUUCCUUAAGUGUGUUAAGAUACUGGAGAAAUGCGAAGAAGCGAUGAUUGGCAGCGAAAACGAUAAAGGCGGGAAGGUGAUUAUUGUGGACAUGGUUGUGGAUGAGGAGAAGGAAGAAGAGAAGGGAACUGGAACUCAGCUGUUUAUGGAUAUGGUGAUGAUGGCUCAUUUUAAUGGGAAAGAGAUAAGUGAGAAAGAGUGGGGCGCAAAGGAGGCCAACAGGGGCGACCGAGGAUGA